AUGGACCUCCACCCGGACAAAGGUGAACGUCGAAACGUCAUCGGGGUGGUGGUCGUGCCAGACGUCCACCAGGGAGUGAUGUUCAAUGAUCUCCCGGAGGACAUCCGCGGCGCCCGGGUGCUGCUUGUUAACAGCAGAUUCUCUGAUGUUCGGGAGCUGCAGAUUUUGCACUUUGUGGUGUUUCUGCUGAUUUACCUGGCAGGCCUGAUGGGGAAUCUUCUCAUCAUCACAGCCAUAGCCCUCGACCACCAUCUUCACACCCCCAUGUACUUCUUCCUGGUGAAUCUGUCCAUCAUAGACCUCGGCUCCAUCUGUGUCACCAUCCCCAAAUCCAUGAUCAAUUCCCUCAUGAACACCAGGUUGAUUUCUUAUCCUGGAUGUGUCACCCAAGUCUUUCUCUUAUUAGUCUUCAUUGCAGCUGAUCUUGCCUUACUCACCAUCAUGGCUUAUGACCGACACGUUGCCAUCUGCCAACCACUGCACUAUGAGAGAGUGAUGAACAGGAAAGCUUGUGUCCAAAUGGCAGCCAGUGCCUGGAUUACUGGUAUUGUCUACUCUGCCGUGCACACCGGGAACACGUUUAGUUUAUCCUUCUGCCAGUCCAAUGUCAUCAACCAGUUCUUCUGUGAAAUCCCCCAGCUACUCAAGCUCGCUUGCUCUGACUCGUACCUCAGUGAAGUUGGGCUUCUUGCCUUUUGUAUGUUUUUAGGUUUAAACUGCUUUGUUUUUAUAUUUGUGUCUUAUGUUCAGAUCUUCAAAACCGUGCUUAGAAUUCCCUCUGAGCAGGGCCGGCAUAAAGCCUUCUCCACCUGCCUUCCUCACCUCACUGUGAUCUCCUUGUUACUUUUCACUGCCAUGUUUGACUAUCUGAAAUUAACCUCCAGCUCAGCAUCUUAUCUAGAUCUCUUGGUGGGUAUUCUCUAUGCUGUCGUGCCUCCAAUGAUGAAUCCGUUCAUCUACAGCAUGAGAAACAAGGAGAUCAAAGCUGCAUUGAAGAAACUGAUUGUGUGGAGGUUAUGCACGAAGAAUUAA